GUUGACGUGAAUUCUUUGUCUCUGCAGUUCUUAAAGAACAAGAUGGGAAAGACUGAGAAGGCUGCCGUCCCCUACAGCCAGCCUGUUCACAGUUUACAUCUGUGUGAACAACCAAAGAUUAACAGACAGAAGAGUAAAUGUAAUGUGCCACUGACAAAGAUCACCUCGGCAAAAAAGAUAGAGAACUUUUGGCAAGAUUCUGUAUCGCCAGAAAUAAUUCAGAAGCAGGAAAAAAAGCCACUUAAAAACACAGAGAACUUCAGAAAUGCCAAGUCCAAGAAACCUAUCACCCUAACUGAAGCGAGCCAAAAAGAAAAUUACGCUGGGGCAAAAUUUAGUGACCCACCAUCUCCCAGUGUCCUUCCAAAGCCUCCCAGCCACUGGGUGGGUGGCACAGCUGAACCGUCUGACCAAAACAGGGAGUUGAUGGCAGUCCAUUUGAAAACUCUCCUAAAAGUUCAAGCGUAGUUUCCGACGUCUCUUGACAAAGAAAACUCCAUCCAGGAAACUUAAACAUGCCUUGUUGCAACAAAAAUUGCAAAAGACUGUCAAGUCUUAUAAUCACAUUAAAAAAAUCCUUGUAUUAUAUUUUUUAUGGUUGUGUAAAUAGUGUACAUCAUGUAUUAUGUGUAUAUUCUUGUUCAUACUUUGAGAGGUACAUUUUAGUUUUGUUAUGAAAGGAUGUAUUUUGCACUGCCUGAAUGGUAGAUGUCUUGUAUAUGAAAUAUGGACAAUUUUAAGUGUGUGCUUGACACAUGAAGACUUGACUUGAUUUGCACAAGGUAAUGAAAAUUUUGGAAGGAGAGUACAGCUUUCUGCUUUUAAGGUUCCAGAUCAAAUGUGAAUGUUUUAUUCAUGCACUACUGACAAUAGUUUUACAUUCUGUGUCCCAACCAAGUAUAAACAUGAAUUUUCAUGCAAAUGUGAAGUUUUGCUCUCUACUCUGGAAACAGUAUCUGGAAUUCCUGUUCAUCUGUCUGUUUUUAAAAUUAACUGGAAUUUGAGUAAAAUUCCAACCCAUCAAUUUGAGCACUGCUGAUUUAUUUAAAGAAAAAAAAAAAACAGGGAAAAAAAAAAAAGAGCAGAGCUUUCUGCCAAAAAUCCAAUUGGUCACUAAAAAAUUAAAUAAAACAAUUUGGCCUCCCCU